AUGGCCAAAUUCAUUAUCAAAGGAGGAGAAAAGAAUCCAGCGACAAACCAAGUUCUCAGGGGUGGAUGUGCCAAACAAAACGGGCGUUUUCUCCGCGAUCGUUACUUUGAUGAGCUAGCCAUGAAAGUUUCUCUGAUACAGGAGUUGAUAUCGAAUCAUUCUAGGUUCGACGCAUCCGUCGUACUCAAAACUAUUCGAGAAGUUGUGACGACAGGUGGGAUAGAGAAGUGA